UUUCAUCAUAAAAUAGGGGCUGAUCUAAAUUUUUUUUCAUUUUGUAAAAAAUGGCUCGUCGUAAGUCCACAGCUAGAGCUCCUAAACAAAAAAGAACAGCUUCCACUUCUUCAGCGCGUCCUAAUCCACCUCCAACAAAACCUGCACAACAAGCAAACGCUAAUGUUCCUGCUGUUCCAUCUAGACAACCAACUAAGUUAGCCGAACAAAGGUCGCCUGGUUUGUUUGGACAGAUGGCUUCAACUGCUGCUGGUGUAGCCGUCGGACAUAGCAUUGGUCAUGGUAUUACUGGCUUGUUUUCGGGCGGUAGUUCAUCUGAAACACCAGCUUCACAAGAUUCUCAAAGUCAAUACACUCCUCAAACUCAAGAUGUGCAACCUCAAUAUCAAGCUUACCAAAAUGAUAGUUAUGGUGGAGCUUCAUGUGAAAAGGAUGCCAAGGCUUUGACCAAGUGUUUGGAAUUAAAUAACCAUAAUAUUAGUCUUUGUCAAUAUUAUUUAGAGAAUCUCAAAGCUUGUCAACAAAUGGCUUCUCAAUUUUAAUUUAUUAUUCGACGUCCACGAUUUUUUUUUUUUUU